AUGACACACGCCGCUAGUGUUUUUGACGAAUACAAUGAGCGCUCCAAGACUGCCCAACGUGAGCUGUUGAUUGAAAAACUGAAGCGCCAAAAAUCGAUUCGAUUGAUUGGGAAGAUAUCAGGAAGUGCAUUGACUUACAACGAUAUAGUUCGUGGACUUAUCUCACAAAAUGACAAAGAGUGCGAGGACGAACUCACUGACAAACGGAUCGCACAACUUCUGAGCGAGAAAAACAAAGAAACUGAAGUCAAGCGAAUGGAGUUCUUGAGAAGACUUGCACAGAAAGAAAUCGACAACGAUCAGUCGCAAAUAGCUAACUUGUUGCAUGAAAAAGUUAUUUCUGGCUCAGCCACAGACCUCAAUGCUAUUUCUGAUAACAUGCAAAGAAAGUGGAAAUUACAGCGACGCGCGUUAAACUUAUUAGAGCGUGCGCGGACCUCGAAAAUCGAAGCCGUGACGUUUAAAGUGAAGAGUCAAAAAGAGCCAAAUGCCCAGUAUUCAAAGCUUGCUGGAUACAAUUUGCGACUCACACAAAGAAGAGAUAAAAUCGCACAGAAAGCUAUUAUGAAAGCAAUUGCCGCGUCACAAGUCAUACAAAACUUAAUUGUGUUAAAAGAGGCUGAAAUGAAGAAUUCUGCACUUGAAAAUGCAAAGAACAUCUUGAAGAGGACAAAUAGACGAUUCAAGAAAUUUAAUAUCAACGACAAACUGUUUUAA